GUCAAUCAGGCGUGCCUAAAAAAAAAAAAAUGCUCGAAAUGUACAACUCCGGCUUUCGGUAGAAACAGAAAGAGAGGCAAAGGCGCAGAAAAGAGAGAGGGGUCGGACGCGAGGUGAAAUGAUGUGACAAAACGGACGAUUUAGGGCGUUUUUGAGCAGUUAUGGUGCUGCGGACGCGUUUCGUUUCGAUCUGGGAUUGAUUUUUGUGAAUGGAGAUCUCGCCGCAGGCCUCGGGCGUCUGAUUCAUUUUCAUCCCCGGAUUGAUUUGCUGCUGUUUUUAUUCGGGGUUUCCCGAGAUGAAGAGGGUCAACAGUUUCCAGAGGUUCAUGAACACCCGGGCGGCUGCAAACUGCCGUUACCAGCCCACACGCUACGAGCACGCGGCCAACUGCUACACCCACGCGCUGCUGAUCGUGCCGGCGUUCGUGGGAAUGGCUCUGUUGCACCGGCUGUCUGACGACCGCUGGGAGAGGAUCACGGCCUGGGUGUACGGCAUGGGUCUGAUCGCGCUGUUCCUCGUCUCCACCGUGUUUCACAUCAUCUCCUGGAAAAAGAGCCACAUGAGGUCCAUGGAGCACUGCUUCCACAUGUGUGAUAGAGUCGUCAUAUACUUCUUCAUCGCUGCCUCUUAUACACCAUGGCUGAAUCUCCGGGAGCUGGGGCCGCUCGCCGCUCACAUGCGCUGGUUUGUGUGGCUGAUGGCUGCCGCCGGGACCAUCUAUGUGUUCAACUACCACGAGAAGUAUAAGUUAGUGGAGCUGGCGUUCUACCUGACCAUGGGCUUCUUUCCUGCUCUGGUGGUGACCUCCAUGAGUAACACAGACGGUCUGUACGAGCUGGCGUUCGGGGGCCUGGUGUACUGCCUGGGGGUGGUCUUCUUCAAAUCCGACGGCGUGAUUCCGUUCGCUCACGCUAUCUGGCACGUGUUCGUGGCUCUCGCUGCCGCCAUCCACUACUACGCCAUCUGGAAGUACCUGUACCGCAGCGCCCCGCUGGACGACAUCCGGGACGCCUGAGCCGCCCGGGUACCAGGACGACCACGCAAUGUUUACGGUUUUCUAACCACCUGGGAUCAGUCCAGUGAGUGUGCGUGUGUGUGUGUGUGUGUGUGUGUGUGUGUGUGUGUGGCGGUACUCAAUGCACCGUUGCUUUUAUUUUCAUUUUUGUCAGUAUUAUGUAAAUAUAGUCCACUGAAAGCAGACGGAUUGUGACUCUUUGUGAUAUUUGAUGUUUUUUUUCCCACGCACACACACACACACACACACACACACACUCACGCGCGCUCCGUAGCGGUUUCAUAUCACCUGUAGUGAAUCGCUUUUCUUUACUCAUGCGACUUUCUGUAUCAGAUCUGUAUUUUUGCAUCUCAGCUGGGUUUUUACUUCGGGUGUACGGCUAGUUGUUUUCUACGAAGCGCCCGUGGUUUUCUACACUCCUGGCGUCUCCUUCCCCGUCUUUCUGCUCUUUCAGCAGGAUUUGAAAGUGUUGCACAGAGCUGUUUUUUUUUUUUUUUUCUAUGCGGCACUUUUCUAACAGGAAGAACCACUUCUCUUUGAUACUUCGUUUGUAGGCUGGUGGCGGAAAGAAACCGUGUCGAAUGCACAACCAGGUUUAUGAUGCUGCAGGAUGUUUUAUCUCACCGCCUGAACCACCUUAAAGACACUUUGUGAGGUUUCUCAGACUUGGCACAAUGUUUGAUGUGUUUUAGAGUGAGAAGUGUUAGCCGAUGACAUCUGAAUGACGUCCCAGAAUAACACCCUGUAUCUGUUCUGAUGAAUCUGACACGGGUCAUAUUUCACCCCCGUAUUUUGAAAAAUAAAUAAAUGAAUAAUAAGAUAAUAAUAAUUUGCAGUAAAAUUGCAAUUGGAUUUACAAAAAACGUAAAAAUAUAUUUUUUUAAUUUGUUUUGCAUUAUGACAUUAUUAUGAGUAUUUAUUGUGUGUGUAUUUGUUUAUAUAUAUAU